AUGUCCCGCAGUACAGCACAAGAACAGUUCUACUAUGGUAUCGAUGAACAGGCCCGCCGGCCAACCGCACGACCAUUGCCGGAUGCGCGCCAAAAAGGAUUCCACGGCCAGACCAGACUUAUCACGGUCACUCCAGACGCAAUUAUUCCAUCAGUAAAUGAACCGAUCGAGGCCAGUGGAGGAUCAAGAAGACGCAGGAGCGAUUUAUUCGACUCUCGUGGCCGACGUCAGUGUGUCACCUGGGAAACAAUGACAGACGAGGAACGGGAGGAAGUGCAGAGGAUGAAAAGAAAGGACGAGGCAUUCAAGACGGCUCUUUGUGAUGCUUUUAAGAAAUUCGGCUUCUGCCCUUAUGGGGAUGCAUGUCGUUUCGCUCAUGGUGAUAGUGAACUUCGACUUCCCGCUCAG